CGGAAACCCGCGCAGGGGUGGGGUCCGGGCUACCCUGGCGCGGAGGCGGGGCGGCGGGCAAGAGCCAGGCCUCACGGAGGAGGCGAAGUUUGGGCGCGGUCAGGGGAUGCACCGAACCUGUGCUUUUUGUCGGCUGAGAGGAUAUUUUUCACUUAUCAGGGGUAGGUUCCGUGAAAGGAUGAAGUCGCGAAGGCUGUGCAGCGAAGGGACGUUGGUGCACAUCCCGGCGCUGAACAAUCCCAGGGCUCAUUCAUUCGCUCGGUGGGCGCCCACUACACACUGCCUUGAUAUACUUCUACAGUCUUCCUGGGUAAUUGGAAAUUUCAUCAUCUCAGGUGUUUGGGCCAAACAUCUUGGUGUUUCAUCCCACAUCUAAUUUGUCAACAAAUCCUAUUGACUGUACCUUUGAAAGGCAUCUGCAAUCUGACUACUUAUCACCUGCUACCACCACUGCUCCAAGACACUAUCGUCUCUAGCUGUGUUAUUGCUGGGACCUUCCAGUUGGUUUUCCUGCUUCUACCCUUACACCCUCCUCCCUGCCCCCUAGUCCAUUUUCAAAGCAGCAGCUGGAGCAGCCGCACGUCAAGUCAUAUCACUCUGCCCAGACCUUCCAGAUGCUCCCAAUCUCAUUCAGAGUAAAAGCCUAAGUCCUAUAGCCCACAAGUUACCCCACCCCCCUCUGUCUUGCCCUCCCCUACUCUGCUUCAGCCCCUCUGGCCUCCUUGCCCUUCCUUGAACACGUCAAGUGUGCUUGCACCUUGCAGCCUUUGCACUUGUGCCUCCCCCUGCCCAGGAUGUAUCUCCCCUGAUAUCUACUUAGUGCCUGCCCUCACUCCAUCCAUAUCUGUUUUGAUGUUACUUUAUCAGAGGUGCCUUCCCUGGCUGCCUUUCGUAAAAGAUCUCUUCCCAACAGUUGCUGCCCUCGUGCUGCUUAUUGUUUCUAUUCCUUAUCCCCUGACACAAGCAUUAUGUCUGUCAACCUCCCUACGGCUGUGCACUGCUGUAGAGUAGGAGCUUGUUCUCCUCGGCUGUUUGCCCACUGCCCAGGAUUCUCCUAGGUGGGCCUGAGAUGCAGACCGUCGUCUCCCCUGGUCAGGUGCACUGCCGGGGACCUGGCUUUCACGUGUGGCCUUGUUAUGCUGUCGUAUUAUGGGCUGCUGGGGAGGCUUCAUGGGAGGCAAGGGAAUAUGUAGUCUCAGGCCACUGGGUGCUGGGACCAUUGUUCCUUCCUGGGGAUUUCAGGUAGCCUACAACUGGGUCUCUGCUGCCACAGACCUCUUGAGGUACAGGCCCGGAAGUCUCAACGUUGCCAUGGGGAGCAGAAGGCGGGUCAGGCUCCAUCGCACUCUUCCAUUUUGCUGCAGCUCGGCCUGCCUCCUCGGGACAAGCUUGGAGACCCAGUGAUGGCCCACAAGCAGCUGCUUCCUGGGCCCCAGGUGAGUGGUCUUCGUGGAGACGCCUCUGUGUGGCCUCAGCCCUUUCCUGGCUGGAGUCUCCACGGUUCCCUCUGAGGCACUGGUCUCAGGGUAGAUGGCUCCCUGUCUUCAUUGAUGUCCUCAACCCUCGGGUUCAAGUCCCUGAAAUGCACUCUGGACUGUAUCAUCUCACCCCUGGCCUGGGCACAGAGGAGGACAAGGGAUGGGCAGGUAAACACGAGUCAGAAUGGUGUCUGCCUCAAAGAGCCUGCUCUUGUGGGGAAGGCAGUCUGGUGCAUGUGCUCAGAGGGGUUUUGCCCAUCCUGAGCCUAGUGCCUCCCUACCCCCAGGCCUGUCCUGGGGUUGCAACAAGAUCUUGUCAUUCCAGGUCUUGGUUUCCUUCGAGGAAGUGGCCGUGCUCCUUUCCCAAGAGGAGUGGGGCCGUCUGAGCCCUGCUCAGAAGGGGCUCUACAGGGAUGUGAUGCUGGAAACCUAUGGGAACCUGGUCUCGCUGGGACUUCAAGAUUCCAAACCUGAUGUCAUCUCCAAGCUGGAGCAGGGGAAAGAGCCAUGGACCCCACGCUCACCAAGAAUUGAGGGGAGCUGGAUCUGGAGACGCAGGCGUGCAGGUUAUGACUCUAGGAAGGAAAAAAAAGAAUUGACUCCAAAGCAGGAAAUUUCUGAAGAAAUGGAAUCCCAGAGAACAAAAUUAGAAGAGCAUGUAAGGAAUAUUUCCAAGGAAUCUGAUUUUGAAGAGAUGACUAAAACUGAGGGAAAGCUAAAGAAUUGCUGGGGGAAAUAUGCAGUGGAGGGACUUAAGAAGGAUUUCCCCCAGAAGAGUAAUUUCAGGCCAGUGACAGUGACACAUGUGAAAACCCCCUUGGGGGAAAGAGGUCCGAAAUUCAGUGCAGCUGAGGUAAGUUGCGCUGCAGACACAAGUUCUGUCAGAAACUGCAGGCUGUCUUCAGGGAAAAGUCUCCACCAGAGUGUGUCACGUGUAGAAAACUUCCAAACAAGUAUGGACCUCACUAACCUCCAAAGUUUCUGUGUAGGAGAACAAGGCUGUCAGGCAGAUGUGUUUGUGAAAGUGCCCAGGCAGAGUUCAGUUUUCAGUGAGAACCAGAGGAUUAAGAGUCCAGAAAAAACCUUUGAAAAGUGUGCUGUGUGUGGAAUAGCUUUUGGUCAGAGCAGAGCUCUCAUUCAGCACCGGAGAAUUCACAGUGGAGAGAAGCCCUGCGGGUGUGAGGAACGUUGCAGAGCUUCCCAUGCCCAUCCCUACGCCAUGCAGCACUGUAACACUUACACUGGAGAAAGACCCUGUGAGGCUAACGGAUGUGAGAAAGCUCUUAGCACAUGUCCGUCUUACAUUCAGCAUUGUGAAGUUCACACUGGGGCGAAGCCCCACGAGUGCAGUCAGUGUGGAAAAGCCUUUGGUCAUAGCUCUAACCUGAUCCAUCAUCAGAGAGUGCAUAGUGCAGAGAAGCCAUACGUGUGUGUGGAAUGUGGGAAAGCCUUCCGGAGACAGUCACACCUCUCUCAGCAUAAGAGAACCCAUUCUGGAGAGAAACCCCAUGACUGUGCUGAGUGCGGCAAAGCCUUCAGCGCACGAUUAUCUCUCAUUCAACAUCAGAGAACUCACACAGGAGAAAAACCCUAUGAGUGUAACGAAUGUGGAAAAUUCUUUAGCCUGAACCGAACCCUUAUUGUUCAUCAGAGAAUCCACACUGGAGAGAAACCCUAUAGAUGUAAUGAAUGUGGAAAAUCCUUCAGUCAGCGCUCACAAGUUAUUCAACAUAAGAGGGUUCACACUGGAGAGAAGCCUUAUAUCUGCAAUGAGUGUGGGAAAUCCUUCAGUGCUCACCUGUCCCUCAUUCAGCAUCAGAGAAUUCACACUGGAGAGAAACCUUAUGGGUGUAAUGAGUGUGGGAAAACCUUCAGUCAAAAAGGACACCUUAUUCAGCAUCAGCGAAUUCACACUGGAGAGAAGCCCUAUGAGUGUAAUGAGUGUGGAAAAGCUUUCAGCCAGAGUUUUAAUCUCAUUCACCAUCAAAGGACACACAAUGGCGAGAGGCCCUACGGGUGUAAUGAGUGUGACAAAGCCUUCAGUGUUCUCUCCUCACUUGUCCAGCAUCAGAGAGUGCACAAUGGAGAGAAACCCUACGAGUGCCACAGCUGUGGGAAGGCCUUUAGUCAGGGCUCACACCUAAUCCAGCACCAGAGGAGUCACACUGGAGACAAACCCUACGAGUGUAGCGAGUGUGGGAAAACCUUUGGACAGAUAUCCACCCUAAUUAAGCAUGAGAGGACACACAAUGGGGAGAAGCCCUAUGAGUGCGGCGACUGUGGGAAAGCUUUCAGGCAGAGCGCACACCUCAUCCGCCAUCGAAGAAUUCACACUGGGGAGAGCCCUUUCACGUGUAGUGACUGUGGGAAGGCCUUCAACGUCCGCUCCUCCCUCAUUCAGCAUCUCAGGGUUCACACCGGCGAGAAGCCUUACGAGUGCAGUGAGUGUGGCAAGGCCUUCAGCCAGCAUUCACAGUUUACUCAGCAUCAGAGGGUUCACACUGGAGAGAAACCCUACAUGUGCAGUGAAUGUGAGAAAUCAUUCAGUGCACGCUUGUCCCUUAUCCAACACCAGAGAAUUCACACUGGAGAGAAGCCCUAUAAAUGCACUGAAUGUCAAAAAUCCUUCCGACAAAGCUCUCACCUCAUUCGACAUCAGAGAAUCCACAGUGGAGAGCGACCUUACAUGUGUAGUAGAUGUGGGAAAACUUACAACCAGAGAAUAUCUCUUAUUAGUCAUGAGAAAGUUCACAGACUCCAUGGUGGAGAGCAAGCCCGUCGGUGUGACGAGUGUGGGGAGCUCUUUGGCGCACAGGCAGCAUUCAUGCAGCACCGGAAGGUUCACAGUGGAGAGUGACUCACUCUGAUACGUUCUUCACAGUUUUACAGCAGGAGAGUUCUACUGAUAAGAAAGCUCACUUUAUGACUUUCCUUUUGGAAAUUCAGCUCUUAAGGAAUUAAACUAUCUCCCAAUGUGCUGCUCACUGAAGGCAGGCUGCUGAAUUAUGUGGUAAAUAUUCCAAGGUAACAUGCCUUCCCUCAGACCCAGAGGAUGGCUCUCUGCUUGAGUGUUUUAAAUGAAUGCAACUUAAAUAUACUUUCCUAGAUCAUGUUUUUAUAGCACCAGACCUUAGUGUACAGUUAGGUGUUUCCUUUGGCCCCUGCCUUUCUUUUCUUUCCUCUUCAUCAUCUAUUUCAGCUUCAGGAAAAGUAACUGGGAUCCUUGGACUUAGGAGUGUGAUGGAACUGGGUUGGGGUUUUCUUAUUUGUUUGUUUGUAGGGCCUUUUCAAAAUGUUUUUGUUCUAUUGUGAGGGAUAUGAUACCUUUAAUUUCAAAGGGGUUGUCCCUUUUCAGGAUCCGGUAAUCCACAGAGGUAAGAAGGCAUAUGAGUAUAAGCAGAGUUUGUUAUGGAAUGAGGUGAGGCUUGUGUGUAUAUUCAAACUGUUGAGAUCGUGCUAGGAAUUCAAGUGACUCAUGUAAACUGAGGUUUCCUACAGGGUAAUUUGAAAACAAAAAACCCCAUGAAUUGGAGGGGUGGAAUAGGCAUAAAGUAGACACAGGCUGGCUUGGGACCCAGGACGCAGCUUACAGAUUCUGUUGGUAUAUUCUGGAUCCACUUCUGAGGGAGAGGAGGUGAGUGGUUGGAGCUGUUCCCUUUCACUGGGCGGCCUCGCACUGAGCAGACUCUGGUGAGAAGGGCAGGUCCUCCUGCUGCCAGAGGACAGGACUCCAGGUGAGGCAGGGACACGGCAUUAAGCACCUUUUCGUGGGUAGGUUAUCGCGCAGGCUGUUGGUCAACCUUGGACCCCUGUCUGCAUGCUGUAAACAUGCUUUUGUCCCUCCCAGGAGCUGUAUUAGUCAGUGGUGUCUCAGUGCCCGUGGUCCUCCCACCUAAUGCCUUGAGGUGAUGCUAAACAUCCUGGGAGCUGAUUUCCUGAGCACAGUCUUCAGAGUGGCUGCCCCUGGUUCAUCACGUGUGGUUCACUCCAGUGUCCUCAGAACCCCAUUCUCCAGAAGUUUCUAUGGCACUUCCUUCUGUUUUUGUGGAGGAAAGAUUAGCAUCAAAAUGGACUGAAAAAGGGUUAUAAAUAUGAGAGAUUCAGCAGAAGGAAUCUGUGAGAGACAGUUCUAGAAACAAAUCUGGCAAUUGAAAGUGGCUGUUGAGAGUCUGAUGAGAAGCUGGUACCGUGUGUGAACCCUUGAGAAGGGACUAACAGGAUCUGGCAUGGGCUAUAGUGGGAUGGCGCUUUAUGAAUAAGGCAGGGUAAGAAUGGAGUGAAAGAGGAGCAGUGAAUUGCUUAAUAGCUGGACAUUCUAUUCCUUUAUAGUAUCCUUUUCAGUAAUAAGUUUAUUCCUAUUUUCCUGCUUUAUUAAAGAAACUUUCUCUUAGAAGUUAACUGACCUUUUCUCCUUAUGUUGACUUGACCUAUGGCUCAGGCCUUAUUUUCCAGGCUCUUGUCUAUAUAGCAGUAGCAUUGGUCUUUACUCGUUUUAGAAUUUUGAGGAGCUGAUUGAAAAAUCUGCCUCUUAAUGAUACUUCUCCUAAGCACACUUCACUACAAAUAGCUUUGACAUUUUUUAAAACUGGAAUUAAUACACUGUGAUAAUAAUGGUUAUCACGUGCUAAACAAAAAUUCUGAUUGAGUCAUCAAACCUUUACCUUUUUACCUUAGUAUGUGCGAGGCACUGUGAUGAAUGCUUCUCCUGGGUUUUCUCAUUUAAUC